CAAAUAACUGGCAGUUAAACAAACUGACAAAACUACCCUCGUAUUCAAACCAACAGAUAACAGAAAACUUUCCAACAAAAGUAAUCAAACAAACAAUGGCUGCUGCUACCAUACAAAAUGCUUUACUUCUUCUACCUUCCUCAUCACUCUCCCGUUUCACUGCCACAAUACCCUCUAACAAUUUCUGCUCAUUUUUAUCUCCCUCGCCGGAGCUAACUUGUGGUCUCCGGCGACCCAAAAAUGUGGCCCGAACAAGAAAACUUGUUGUUCGGGCCGCUAGAGUUGAAUCUAAAGGCAUUUCUCUUGGUUCUCGGGCUCCUGAUUUUGAGUUGGAGGAGCCACUCACAGGGAAUAUGUGGAAACUGGAGGACUUUGAAUCCUAUCCUGCAUUGCUGGUUAUGUUCAUUUGCAAUCACUGCCCAUUCGUUAAGCACUUGAAAAAAGACAUUGUGCAGCUUGCAAACUUAUAUAUGAAGAAAGGGCUUGGAGUAGUAGCAAUUUCAUCAAACUCAAUAAUUACUCACCCACAGGAUGGACCUGAAUUCAUGGCAGAAGACGCAAGACUGUUUAAUUAUCCUUUCCCAUACCUUUAUGAUCAUACACAAAAUGUUGCUAAAGAUUAUGGAGCUGUUUGCACACCCGAAUUCUUUCUUUUUAAAAAGGAUGGACGCCGACCCUUUGAACUAGUAUAUCAUGGUCAGUUUGAUGAUUCUAGGCCAAGUAAUAAUGUCCGUGUCACAGGAAGGGACUUGAGCCUGGCAAUAGACUGUGUUCUUAGUGGCCAACCAUUACCACCAAAUCAGAAACCCAGUGUUGGAUGCAGCAUAAAGUGGCAUCCGGAGGGAAAUGUGUGAGUGGUGGCAAAAUGGGCAUGUUGUACAUGUAAUGAAGGUGCUAAAGUCUAGGGAACAUGAGACAUUGACUAAUAAUGAUACAGUUGCAAAUCUUUCAUGUAUAUGUGAAACAUUUGACUAAUUAUUUUCUGUUAAAUAGUGACAACGGGAAAGGCUUAUCAUACCAUGUAAAUAUGGUGAUGUUAAAGUCUAUCUUACAUUUAUGUGUUUGCGUAUCCAAAUGGUUAGACAAAUUAUAUAUUUAUCAUGUUUCACACUAA